UGCUGUUCUGAUCGUGGACGGAUGCCUCUGCCGCAUAGAAUCUGUUACCUUGGCUCGUCUCGCGUCUUGUAACCGUCCAAACGGAGGGAUACUUCUGAUUAAAUGCGCCCUCGAGUGUUGUAGUCGAGCUCUAAGCGGGACGCGCCUUGCACCAUGUCAGCCAACGCGCAGAAUUUUGGCUUUGAAGAAUAUGACAAACCCGGUGCUGAGCGCUCACGCAGGAGGAGAGGGGAAGAUGACGAUCUAGAGAGUGAUUUGGAAGAGGAUUUGUUGGAGGCAGAUUGGCUUACAGUUAAAAAGAAUCCUUCAGAAGUGUCGGAUGAGGAGCUGAAUGAUGACCUUCUACAAAGUGAUGAGGAAGAUGUAAAUAUGAGUGGUCAGGAUAUUAGCCUCAAUGCCACAUACCACUUGGGCGCAGCCUUUGGCCAGCAGGACAACUUGCAGGAAGCAGAAUACACAGAUGACGCUGUGAACCUGGGUGCAGAGGGCUGUGAAGAGGGGGAUGUAGAGGCGGAGGGGUACCAGCAUGUGGGGGAAGAAGAGUACACACACGAAUACAGCCAUGGCGACAACACCGAGAUGCCCGACGACCAAAUGGAUUACACCGGAGAGCCGGCUGAGGGGGACGAGGGCUACCAGGAUGAAGUGUUAGACAUCCAAAUCAAUGAGACCUUGGAUGGUGAAUUUCAAGAUGAUGAAUAUCAAACCUAUGAUGAGCGUCUGGGUGAACGUGGAGUCCAACGGGAGGGGAUCCCAGAGGAGCGGGUGGAGGGAGGUGGAGCAGAGCAGCAGCAGCAGCAUGAAGAGGAGGAGGAGGAAGAGGAGGAAGACGCAGCCGAAAGCUCUCGGGUCUUUGACACAGAGGAGGUCGAAAAUGAAGCCAUGCUUGAAGAUGAAACAAAGGAGGAAUCGGAUGAGGAGGACGAGGAAGAUGAAGGGUCUGGUCGCAUACGGUUUAAAUCUGAGAGAAAGGACGGCGCUGUUGUGCGGUUGGCCGAUGCAGGCAGCAACAGGAGGAGUAUCCCUGAAACGUUAGAACUGUCAGAGAAGGCGAAGCAGGACUUGAUGCAGUUUGAGGAACAAGAACGGCAGAAGAGACAAAACCGGUACGGAGGCCGAGGCAUGCGGGGAGGCAUGCGGGGAGGCCGAGGAAGAGGAGGCUUCCCACCUUUUGGAAUGGUCGACUUUAGAGGAGGAAACCGAGGAAGAAUGAUUGACCACAGGCUGAUGGGAAACAUGGGCAUGCAGCAGCCGUCCCGAAUGCCUCUUCCUCAUCAGCAGCAACUGCACUCCCAGCAGCACCACCCUUCACGACCGAGAGGACCUCCUCCCUUCCAGGACCACGGGCGGCCGCUGGCCCAGCAGCCCCUUCAGCCCCUCAUCCCCCCGCACCUGGCACACCGCUCCCCUCCGCUACGGCCCCAGAUGGAGCCUCCGCCGCGAAUGAUGGGCUCCCCACCACCCAACUUCCCUCCCCAGCAGCAGCACCACCACCACCAGCAGCAGCCUCCUCCACAGUCCAAAAAUAUCCACAUUAACCCCCAUUUCAGAGGGCCCACGUCAUCCUCUGUACAAGUGCCCUUGAUGCCUCCUGCUCAGAGCCAGCCCAGACCUGCUGUGGGUCCUCAGAGGUUCCCUGGACCGGGAGACUUCCAGCAGCACAUGGCCCCAAAUUUUGGUCAGCCCCAGCGGCCCCCUCAUCACAUGGAGCCCUUCAGGAGCCAGCCACCUCAAGGACCCCAAGAGAGAGAGCCGCUCUUUAUGGGAGAACGCCCAGAGUCAACACGCUUUCCGGGGCAGCACAUGUUUGAUCACCAGAGCCCCGGCCCGCCGAUGAAUAGCAGCCACAACCUCCACCACCACCACCACCCCCACCCCCACCACCCCCCGCAGCAGCAGCAGCCGCCGCCGCAGCAGCAGCAGCUUCCUGGCCAGGGCCACAUGGGUUUCGCCCAACCAGGACCGGGCUUCAACCAGCCCGGGCAGGGUCAGCUGGGACUCUUUUCGAGAGAACCCCCAAGACCCAACCUCCCUCCCCACCAAGGUCAUCAGGGCAUGGUGGGCUUGAAUCAACAAGGUGGUCCCCCCAACCAGCCCAGGCCCUUCAUGGGCCCCCGUCAGCCGUUUGGCCAGCAGGGGAACCUCUUCCCCCCUCCACAAGUCCAGUUUGGGAUGCAGGUACGACUAAGAGGCUUAAUGCACGGCCCUCCUGUCUCCCAGCUUCCGCAUCACGACUCCUUGGCAUCCCAUCAGCCCAUGCACCAGCAGCAGCAACAUCACAGGCAGGAGUUGACCCAUCAUCAGCAGCAACAUCUUAAUGUCAACGAGUCUCGCCCCAUGAUGCACCAUGGCCAGAAUCCUUUCCAUCAGCAGGCGCAUGGCAGCCCGAGGCAGAUGACUCCCCGCCUUCAGAACCCCCAACAACGCAACAUGUCCAACAGGCUGAGGAUGAACACGCCCAUUUCCAAGCAAAUGCAGCAGCGCAACAGCAACCUCCGGGAACUCCCCGUAGCACCCGGCAACGCAACCAUGAACAGUGCCCGCCCCGCCGCCAACAUUAGACCUGUUGCCAAGGCAACACAGGGGAUGCGUCCCGGGCAGAACACUCAGCCGGUGCCUGACGGCGGCAGAGGAAGAGGCCAAGCUAACGCCAAGAUGGAAUCGCAGCUCGGAGGCGCGGGCAGGACGGUAGUUUGCAAGGAGAUCCCGAGCUCGCUGUCCAGCCAAGCACCGCAGGACCCGAAGGAGGACGAGGAGACGCGGCAGUACCGUCUCAAGAUCGAGGAGCAGAAGCGUCUGAGAGAAGAGAUCCUUAAGCGGAAGGAGAUGCGACGGCAGAUGCAGGCCGGCGUCAGAAAGAAGGAACUGCUGGACAGGCGCAACACUCCCAGCCAGGGCCCGUCUCCUUCACACAUUCAACCCUCGCAACCGCAGCAGCAUCAAGUACCACUACAACAACCGCAGCAGCAUCAACUACAACUACAACAGCAGCAGCAUCAACUACAACAGCAUCAACAGUUGCCUCUGAGGACACAGCAAUCAUUGACUCAAUCAUUAAAGAAUCCCAAUCAAGCCACCGCCAUCCCUCCCAACGGCGGCCCUCAGAUCUCCGCACCACGUCCCAAUGUCAAGGCCCGCCUGCAGAUGGUGAAAGGCGGCGGCCAGCAGCAACCACCCCCCGGGCCCGGUCCAGACCAGCAGUGGAAGCCGCCUCCACAAAAUCAGCAGCAGCAGCAGCAGCAGCAGCAGCAGCAGCUGCAGCAGCGAAGGAACAGUGCCGUGCAGAACGUAAUCAGGCCUGCCGCUCAGAUCCAGUCCAAUCAGGUCCCUCAGAAGAUCAUACCCGUGACUCCCUCCGCGGGACCUGGCCAGGCUCCGGCUCGGACUCCUGGACCGAAACCCGGGGCUAAGAGAACUGUGAUGCAGCGGGCCAAGAGUUUCGAAGGCCAGCAGGUGCCACAAAAAGUCAGAGUGGUCAAACUCUCCGGAGCGGGUGGAAACGGUACAGUGGCAGCUGGAGAGCCCCCGCAGCCACAAGGCACCAGGUCGGCGACCCCGCUCGGCCAGCCCGCGCAGAGGAAGGUCACGAUGGCGGCGGGGCAGCAGCAGCAGCAGCAACAAGGACCAGCCGGUACCCCGCAGGCAGGCCGAGGGAUUGGGGGUAACCCGCAGCAAAACAGGGUUGUGGUGCCGGGCCGGGGCCGAGGGAGGGGGGCUGUUCCGAUUGGUCGAGGCCGCCCGAUGGCCACCAGACAGCGCCAAAGAGGAGCGGUGAGCGAGCGCUGCACCGUGUCCAUCGAGGGCCUCUCGUCAUCCACAACUGACCUCCAACUGCAGAACCUUCUCCGGUCCAUCGGCCCCAUAGAGAUGUUCAAAAUGAUGCCGCAGCAGAGGAAAGCAGUCGCCACGUUUUCCAGUCCCCAGCAUGCAGAAAGUUUUCAAAUGAGCUUCCAUAGGCACAUGAUUGAUUUGUCCCACAUUGAUGUGGCGCUGAUUGACGGAUGAGGAGCGCGUUAGAGCCGAGGAGCCCUGUCACAACGGAGUCGCCUUCUCCCAACGCGGGAGCCUCGGGCCCAGGCAACGGAGUGCUCCUUCGGCCCCCCUCUGCCGGGGGGGUGGGGAGGUCACUCACACGGUCGACGUGUCUCCUCAGAAGCGUCACUCAGCUCGACCUGGAACAGUGAACAUUAAGGGCGCGGCCGUGAGCGUCCCCUUGUCUGACUUUGGGUACCAAUUGUCGGCACCGGAGAGACACUGGACACUCAAUCCUACUUUUUAGUGUGUGUGUGUGUGUGUUUGUGAAGAAUGCUGUGUGCCUCUUCCACGGAAAACACCAAGUAGAAGCUAUCGUGGGAUAAUGGUUGCUCCCCUCCUCGGUCGGAUUCGUCAUUAAUAACAAAAGCAAACGCUGGGACUCGCUACUGCUGACGUGACCACAGCCCAGUGGUUUCUAAAUCAUUCAGCCUGUGUGGAGCGAGGCGGCCCGUCACGGUGGAGGCUUGUCUUCCCCUGCUGUAGAUGGCGCUAUUUCAUCACUAGUGCUGCUUCCUCGUUAGACAUGGAGCCCCCCCCCCCCCCUGCUGUCAGGUAGAGAUCUUUGGGUGAAUGGCACCAUCUAGUGGAGAACAUGCGUACAGGCGCAGAGGAUGUUUGUCACAUAAGUGGUGACGGGGACCAAAUUGGAGUUGGACGAUAAAUGUUUUAUUUUAAUCUUAUGAAUGUGACUCUUGUGCGUCGUUCUUGGCGCUCUUCGGUUUCCGGGCCGCUUCUGGUGCCGGUUCUGCUCAUUUGUCGGAGUUCUGAAGGUUUAGGUCUUUUAACUGUUACCUGGAGCCAAUGUGGAAUAAACGCCUGUGUAUUUUAGUUCUAUCGAUUAUGGAUUAGUUCGAUUUAGGAUUGAAAUCUUUGCCGUUGGUGCUGCGAGGGAUCGAGUCUGUGUGGACAAUUUUGUUUGAGUUUUUUUUAGAAUUCCGAAUUAAAUGUUUUUUCUUUUCAGUCGUCAGAGAGAAUUGCUGACGGUUCCCCUAAGGAUACAUUUCUCCAAGCGCUUCCUCCGUUCCGUUCUAAUUGAUCCAAAUCCGCGUGACUAUCCGUUGGAGAUUGGCGGCGGCGCCGCUGAGGGGCGGCCGCCCUUUGAGCACCGAGCCGACAAACGCAGACGUCUGCCGGUCGAGCAGAGGAGUAAUGCACCGUGUUACUUUCCCCCACAGAAAGAAACCUCUCCGAACAUGAACAUUUUCUAAAUGUUUUGUUCUAUUCUCCGCCUCGGUUUGAUCCCGUGAGACGUCCUCAUCAGACUGAAGUGCGGCUCGUUUCCUUUUCCCACGAUUUAUUUAUUCCUUCUUCAUCGCAAAUCUUUAAUUUUUUUUUUUUUGUGUUUCUAAAACCGGUUUAAAGCCUGUUAAACAAACUAGUUCCUUUUAAUCACUAAGUAGUUGUGACCUGCGUUUACUGGGAGUUUGAGAGCAGAGGUGCAGGACCGUGACGUCAGGACAGCGAGGGGGCAACCAUUAUCUAUCCAGAGCUCGUGUACAUAAGCAGAACUUUCUCUCAGCAUUCAUCCUGUUGGGCUUUUUUUUUGUUUUGUUUUAAAGUUGCUCUUUACUUGCGUUGUAUCACAUUUUUACAUGUAAGGAUAUACUGAUGUGUCCAGACAUUAAUCAUUUUACCAAGUGUUUUUUUUGUUUUUGAAUUUGGAUCCAAAUUGAAGGAUGACUGGACAACAUUUCUGUUUAUAAGACAUUUGACAAAAAGUGUAAGGGAAAAUAAAAACAUGGCCAAUAUACCGUGAACAUGCAGGUAUGUGAAGCCGGUUCAACCUUA